UUCCACCACCUUCCAAAUCGUUACUUGUCUUCAGCAAUUGACACACCUAACAGAAUCCACCAUCUUGGUUUCACUUCUUCAGCCAACACCUGAGACCUUUCAUCUGUUUGAUGACAUUAUCUUGAUGGCAGAAGGAAAAGUUGUAUACCAUGGGCCUAGUGAUAAUGUGGUAGAGUUCUUUGAGAACUGUGGUUUCCGUAGCCCACCACGAAAAGGCAUUUCUGACUUCCUCCAAGAGGUGGUUUCCCAAAAGGAUCAAGCAAAGUACUGGUACGAUGAAGACCAACCCCAUAGUUAUGUUACUGUCGACAACUUUGUAGAUAUGUUCAAGGACUUCCAUGUUGGAAAGAAGCUCGAUGAGGAACUUCAGGAGCCUUUCAAUCGAUCCGAGUUCCAUAAAGAUGCUUUGUCAUUUAACAUUUACUCAUUGACAAAAUGGGAACUCUUCAAAGCAUGCCUUGCUAGAGAAUGGCUUCUGAUGAAGCGCAACUCGUUUGUCCAUGUAUUCAAAUCAGCACAGCUUGUGGUCAUUGCGCUAGUAACAAUGACAGUGUUUCUUCGUACGUGGAUGAAAGUCGAUGAGAUCCAUUCAAAUUUCUUUAUGAGUUCUUUGUUCUAUGCUCUACUUAGAUUGGUGUGCAAUGGCACUGCAGAGUUAUCAUUGACUGCUUCCAGACUUGCAGUGUUUUACAAGCAAAGAGACUUUUAUUUCUAUCCUGCGUGGGCUUAUUCAGUUCCAUCUGCCAUCCUAAAGAUUCCAUUUUCAUUGAUAGACGCUUUUCUAUGGACAGCACUUACUUAUUAUGUCAUCGGUUACAGUCCUGAACCCGAGAGGUUCUUCAAGCAAUUCAUUCUUUUAUUCCUUGUCCAUCAAGUAGCAAUAUCACUGUUCCGUUUGAUUGCAUCCUUGGUCCGAAAUCCUUCUCUUGCAGCCCCUGUUGGUCUUUUCUCCUUAAUUGUAAUGUUUCUAUUUGGCGGCUUCAUAAUUCCAAAAACUUCUCUACCUAGCUGGCUGGAAUGGGGCUUUUGGCUUUCCCCAUUGGUAUAUGCAGAAAUUGGUGCUACAGGAAACGAAUUCCAUGCUCCAAGGUGGCAAAAGCUCUCAUCUUCAAAUAUCACAAUAGGUCAGCAAGCUCUAAAAGACAGUGGUCUUGAUUUCAGUGAAUACUUCUAUUGGAUAUCUAUAGGAGCUUUACUUGGAUUUUGGUUGGUUUUCAACCUAGGUUUCACCUGUGCUCUCAGUUAUUUAAAGUCUCCAGGGAGUUCUCGAACAAUCAUUUCUCAUGAAAGGUUGUCCCGUCUGAAGGAAAAGGAAAGUCUAAACAAUUCCCCUCGAAAAAAAAAAUUAACUCGUAUAGAAACUCGAAUAAGAGUUGAAGAUUCUACAAAUAUAGGGGUCUUACCUUUUGAACCCUUGACUAUAUCAUUUGAGAAGGUGCAAUAUUUUGUCGACUUACCCCAGAAACUGAGAGAGCAAGGUGUUCCACCAAAACGACUACAACUUCUUCAAGAUAUAACUGGUGCAUUUAGACCUGGAGUUCUUACAGCACUUAUGGGUGUUAGUGGAGCUGGAAAGACAACACUGAUGGAUGUUCUUUCAGGAAGGAAAACUGGUGGAAUUAUUGAAGGAGACAUUAGAAUUGGAGGACACCCAAAAGUCCAAGAAACAUAUGCCAGAAUAUCUGGGUAUUGCGAGCAAAGUGACAUACAUUCCCCACAGAUAACAGUAGAAGAGUCGGUAACAUACUCAGCUUGGUUACGUUUGCCAGCACAGGUUGAUAGAACAGUCAGAUCUGAAUUUGUGAGAGAAGUUCUACAAAUGAUCGAGCUUGAUGAAAUCAAGGACGAACUAGUGGGCGUACCUGGUAGGGGUAUAUCGACUGAACAGCGCAAACGGCUUACUAUAGCAGUGGAGCUUGUUUCAAAUCCAUCCAUAAUGUUCAUGGAUGAACCCACCUCUGGUUUAGAUGCCAGAGCAGCUGCAAUAGUUAUGCGAGUGGUCAAAAACAUUGUCAGCACUAGGAGGACUGUUGUAUGCACCAUUCACCAGCCCAGUAUUGACAUCUUUGAAGCAUUCGAUGAGCUUAUUUUAAUGAAAAUAGGAGGACAGCUAAUCUACAGUGGAGCGCUGGGUCAAAAUUCAAGCAAGCUUAUUGAAUACUUUGAGCGUAUUCCUGGGGUUCCAAACAUCAAAGAAAAUUACAACCCCGCAACAUGGAUGUUAGAGGUCACCGGUCCUUCUGCAGAAGCUAAACUUGGCUUAGAUUUUGCUCAACUCUAUAGAGAAUCACAUCUAUGCCGGGAGAACGAUGACCUAGUUAGAGAACUCAGCUGUCCAGCAGAAGGGGCAAAGAAACUACAUUUUUCUACUCGCUUUGCACAAAAUGAAUGGGAGCAAUUUAAAGCCUGCCUCUGGAAGCAACAUCUCUCCUACUGGAGAAAUCCACAAUAUAACCUGGGCAGAUUGACAAUUACUGCUGCAUCCUCUUUGUUAUUCGGAGCACUUCUUUGGCAGAAAGGGCAGACGGUAGAUAAUGAACAGGAUUUUUUCAACAUUCUGGGAUCAAUGUUUGUUUUACUGCAAUUCAUGGGAAUAGGAAACUGCUCCUCUGUUUUACCCUGUAUUGCUUCAGAGCGGAAUGUUGUAUACCGAGAAAGGUUUGCUGGAAUGUACUCCUCAUGGGCCUAUUCAUUUGCGCAGGUGAUCAUUGAAAUUCCAUACAUAUUUCUUCAGGCAGUAUUGUUUUUGGCAAUCACAUAUCCAACCAUAAAUUUCCACUGGACACUUUACCAAGUGUUUUGGUAUGUCUAUGCCAUGUUUUGUACACUGCUCUACUUCAGUUACUUCGGCAUAUUGCUUGCAGCUUUGACCCCAACAUUCCCAGUGGCUAUGGUCCUAGCCAGUUUCUGUUACACCAUGUUCAACUUAUUCUCAGGUUUCCUCGUGCCUGGACCGAAAAUUCCUAAAUGGUGGGUUUGGGGUUAUUGGAUUUGCCCUGUAGCAUGGUCCUUAAACGGUCUUCUCACUUCACAGUAUGGAGAUCAAAACAAGGUGAUAGUAGUACAUGGGGAGAAAAAGACCAUCAGUGACUUCUUAGAAAGUAUUCAUGGGUAUUACUAUAAUGAACUAAAAUAUGUCGCAAUUGUUCUUUUGGCAUUUCCACUAGUUUUCGCUUUUGCUUUUGGAGUUGCUACAGAGAAGCUAAACUUCCAGAGGAGAUAAUUAUGUCUUCCGCUUACUGAAACUGCAUGACUGGAGUGCAUGAACUUCCCUGCAGUUCACUACAAAGCCAUUGCUUUCAUACUUGUAUUGAACUUUAUUAUUUACCUCGUUGAUUAUUCUUUAUGUAAAGAACUUACUUUUACAAGUGUUACCUUCGUUACUAA